GUGUGGAGAUCGUGUUGGUUUACUGGCCACUCAUGAUGGUCAUUUGAUGCUCUUUGUGAACAGCCAACUCACCUACCUUGUCUCGUACUGUGAAGUGCCGUGGGCAAACGACCCACCUUUGCAUGCUCUCAUUGAUCUGGAUGGGAGUAUCCAGGCUUUGAAGCUCAUGGACAACAAUGGCGUUCCUCCAGCAGAGGUCCUGGAGUUCCUGGGUGGACUGCGCGUGAGCGAGUUUCAGCGCUUUGAAGCCCUCGAGGACCUGCGCGCACGAGAGAGCUUCACGCAGGCCGCCACAAAAUCCUUGGAGGCAACACCUCUACCGCCUUUGCCUCUGACCACUUGAGCCCUCAGUUGGGCAAACCAAUCCACGAAAGCUAAACAAGAGUCUUCUCAGAACUUGAAGAGUGCUAGCCUUUUACUAAAUGAUGACCAUGACGAGUGCUUCGCUAGUAGGUUGGC